CCGCUUAGAGCCAUCACUCCAACAAUAUCAUUUUUCCAAAGCACACUCAAGGAGACCACUAUUUGCAAAUUACUUGCUGCUGUGGUCGACAGUGAGUCGUAAUGGAGAUAUGGAGCGAUUCGGUGCCCACCGUUGUAUUUCUCUUUCGAAGCCCGUUAUCUACAUUAACCAUAUACCUCAUCAUCGUACCCACUGUCUUCUACCCUUUUAUUGUGAUGUACCUGAGAGCAAUAACUUCAGACUGGUUCCAACACAGCAAUCAUUCACUGCACACCCCAUUUCUAGUGGCUGGUAUGGUUGCUUAUUCGCACACGUCAGUCACUAAGCAGCCGCUAUCAGCCAACCACGGACCAAGCACAGACAUGGUACGAGGAACCGAGCACCGAGAAUCGUAGCACCGACCCGGCUCCAUUUGCUCAUAUAGCGCACAGUCUGUAUUACAAGCUGAGGUGAAUGUUUUCAUUAUCCUGCAAUAGAUGCAGCUGAUAAGAGAUGCAAUUGAUAACACAUCAGUGCACACCUUGUAUACAUACCGUCACCAUUUGACGAAGCAGCAAUAAAGCUAUGUAGGGU